UUCUGAAAAGCAGCGGCUCGAUAAAACGCUCUGUUUUUUUACUUUAAAUAAUAACUGCAACUUCAUAAUAUUAUAAAAGUGAAUUCUAAAGUACAGUGGAAUGCGUGCACGUUUAGUUUGUGUCAAGUCAGUUUAAAAUACUUAAUUACAAGAUGCUGUUGGCGAUCGUUAUUUUUGUCACACUGUUUACUAAAACUAUCGCCAGCACGACUGCAGGUAAAGGGUUUGUAUCUCUGGCGGAGAGAGAGGAUGCUCUGCUAAGGGACUUGUUUCAGGGGUACCAGCGCUGGGUCAGGCCUAUUCUGCAUGCAAACCACACUGUUAAAGUCCGCUUCGGCUUAAAGAUAUCUCAGUUAGUAGAUGUGGAUGAAAAAAAUCAGCUUAUGACCACAAAUGUGUGGCUUUGGGAGGAGUGGAUGGAUUAUAAACUGCGUUGGAACCCUGAGAAUUAUGGUGGCAUCACAUUUAUCCGAGUCCCGUCAGAGAGCAUCUGGCUCCCAGACAUUGUUUUAUAUGAUAAUGCUGAUGGACGUUUCGAAGGCUCACUUAUGACCAAAGCCAUUAUAAAGCAUAACGGCAUGAUUACUUGGACACCCCCUGCUAGCUACAAAUCAGCCUGCACCAUGGACGUCACAUUCUUCCCAUUUGAUCGUCAAAACUGCUCCAUGAAGUUUGGCUCGUGGACAUAUGAUGGAAACAUGGUUGAUCUUGUCUUAGUCAACCAGCAGGUGGACCGAAGCGACUUCUUUGAUAACGGUGAAUGGGAGAUCCUCAGCGCCACUGGUGUCAAGGGCAGCCGACGCGAUGGCCACCUUUCCUACCCCUACAUCACCUAUUCUUUUAUUCUGAAACGUCUUCCUCUCUUCUACACGCUUUUCCUUAUUAUUCCUUGCUUGGGACUGUCAUUCCUCACAGUGCUGGUUUUCUACCUUCCUUCUGAUGAAGGAGAAAAAGUCUCUCUCUCCACCUCCGUCCUGGUGUCCCUUACUGUCUUCCUCCUGGUCAUCGAAGAAAUCAUUCCUUCUUCAUCCAAAGUCAUCCCACUGAUUGGCGAGUACCUGCUCUUUAUCAUGGUCUUCGUCACCCUCUCUAUCAUCGUGACGGUGUUUGUUAUAAACGUGCAUCAUCGUUCCUCGGCUACUUACCACCCCAUGUCUCCAUGGGUUCGUUCGCUGUUCCUCCAGAGGCUGCCACAUUUGCUCUGCAUGAGGGGAAACACAGACCGCUAUCACUACCCAGAGUUGGAGCCCCAAAGCCCUGACCUCAAACCCCGGAGCAAAAAAGGACCAGGUCCUGAGGGAGAAGGUCAAGCUUUGAUCAAUUUGCUGGAGCAAGCCACCAACUCUGUUCGCUACAUCUCACAACAUAUUAGGAAGGAGCAUUUCAUUAGAGAGGUUGUACAGGACUGGAAGUUUGUGGCACAGGUGUUGGACAGAAUCUUCCUCUGGGCAUUUCUUACCGUGUCUGUACUGGGCACCAUCCUCAUCUUCACACCUGCCCUGAAGAUGUUCAUGCGCACUUCUCCUCCUUCACCAUAAAACAAUCAGUAAACUACACCCAAAUCGCUAAGUACACACAUCCUUCAUAUCACACUUAGGAAAACAUAUCCUUUCAACAAUAUUACAUUCAAAGAAACACAUGGUUGGAUUUGAUGAACACACUGUGUUCUUUCAUUGUGUCAAAUACACUCUAGAAUUAACAAGAAAUGUUACCACACACUUAAAAUAUUGUUCAAUGAGCCAAUUCACAUGUGAUUACCACUAGUAGAAAAAUA